UCACACUGCACUCUCGUGAUCCGACUAACAGCCAAUCAAAGCCAAAGCCCAUCCAAUCCAGAAAAGGCGUGAGGACAACGGCGAGUAACAGCGAUGAGGUUGUUAGCGGGGCGCUAGAAAAGUCUUCUGCUUUCGACAAGUAAUACUCCCCUAGUAGAAUAUUGUAUUUGAUUACGUCAUUCCUCCCGGUUCUUAUCAGACAGAGGUUCCGGCGAGGCGUGUUAUCCACGGCGCUUGGCACUGUAGUAAGGUAGCCGGUAAGGCUGGCAGGUGAACGUGUACGAUGUCGUUGGAGUACGCACUUUGCAAGUGCUGCUUACCUCUGCUGGAGAAUGUCUACAGCAGAAUCAACGCCUGUAGAGAAUAUAUAAAUAGCGAAUACGAAACCACUGAGCCGUGGACAAUUGCAUUUACCACUUUCCUCAUAACGUUCACGGUCCAGUGCCUUAUUUACAGAAUCUUCUACACCAGAGGGUUUGUCCCAAAUGUCAAACGCGGCUUCCUUCACUGGGUUCGCAACUUGCCCGUCAUACGCAACAUCGUGAAAAAGAAGCUGGAGAAACAUGCGGUGGAUAUUGAGAGGAGCAUGAACAAGUAUUAUGCCAAUACAAAGUUUUUGACACAGCUGCCAUCUAAGCCCUGGAGCCCCGACAAAAUUUUGGGAGAAAUGAAGAAAUACUUGUCGCUCUCCGUGGUCGACUGGAAAAAGGGGCACGUGUCGGGCGGCAUCUAUACGGAAAACGACAGCAAGCUCGAGGACGUUAUGACUACGGCCUACCGCUGGACGAUACGCACGAACCCCUUACACUCCGACAUAUUUGUGGGCGUGAGAAAGAUGGAAUCUGAGCUCAUACGUUGGUGCUGCAACUUGUACAAUGGUGGACCCAACAGCUGUGGAUCGAUGACGUCCGGCGGAACAGAAAGCAUACUGCUGGUGUGCAAAGCAUACAGAGACUACGGAUAUUAUGAAAAAGGAAUUGUAUGCCCUGAGAUGGUUGUUCCUGUUACUGCACAUGCAGGGUUUGAUAAGGCUGGGCAGUACCUUCGAAUCAAGGUUAUUCACAUUCCCGUCGAUCCCAAGACAAUGAGAGUGGAUGUGAAGAAAAUGCGGUCUGCCAUAACGAGCAAUACUAUCAUGCUAGUUGGAUCGGCACCGCAGUUCCCACAUGGAACCAUAGACCCCAUACAAGAAAUUGCUGAUUUGGGUGCCAGGCAUCAUAUUCCAAUGCAUGUGGACGCUUGCUUAGGUGGUUUCCUAAUACCCUUCAUGGAAGACGCUGGGUUUCCAAUACCUCCUUUUGACUUCAGACUCGACGGGGUCACUAGCAUAUCUGCCGAUACACACAAGUACGGCUACUCCCCCAAAGGUUCCUCAGUAAUUAUGUACUCGGACAGUGUCUACCGUCACUAUCAGUACUCAGUGGCAACUGAUUGGCCUGGGGGAGUCUACUGCACACCCACAAUGUCAGGAAGUAGAGCAGGAGCUGUUUCUGCCUGCACUUGGGCUUCUCUCUUGUACUAUGGCCGCGAAGGGUAUGUUGAUGCCACGAGGAAAAUAAUCACCACCACCAGGGCAAUCAUACAAGAAACGUCUGGCAUUGAAGGCCUGAAGAUAUUGGGUCAGCCUGACGUGAGCGUGAUUGCAUAUGGUUCGGACAUAUUUGACAUCUUUCGACUGAACGACGCUCUCACACAUCGGGGCUGGUGUCUCAACACGCUGCAAUUUCCAUCAGGCUUUCACUUGUGCGUUACGCUCUUGCAUGUCUCGGAGAACAUUGCCGAUAAGUUUGUAAGUGACCUGCGAGAGUGUGUUGCCGACAUCAUGCUUGAUCCAGGACAGCCCAGCACAGGACAGGCAGCAAUAUACGGUAUGGCCCAGAGCAUCCCCGAUCGUUCAGUUGUGGAAGAGCUGUCUUGUGCAUAUAUUGAUGCCUGCUACAGCACGCGCGACGUUCAGGAAGCUGAGUGACUAUAGGAAGACGUGAAAGGACUGUGGAAUAGCUGUGCGAAGGACAUGUAUUUAUCUAGUCAUUGUAGCUAGUAAUCAACAAAUCACCCUUGCGCGCACUCUUUUUGGAAAGCUCCUUUCCUGCUACUUACGCCUCCAUGUGCCACAGUGUGGGGCUCGUUGUCCUUUUCUGAAUGGUUUAUUAUACACAACCUUAUGGUCGCAGUUUAAGUAAGUUGUUUUAUAUUUAUCUUGGUAGUGUACUUCUACGAGCGUGCCUAAUAAAACGCACAGUUAUGAGGCCCA